UCGGAGUUCAUUACAACCAGGGUGUAGCAAGGGCAAUAGGACCAGGGUUGAGGAAGAAACAGAGUAACAAGCAACCAAAGGAGCAGAGGAAAAAUGCUAUCUAAGUCAGAAGGAAUAUAAUAACUGCUGGUAUCUUCCUAAUGUCCAAGAAGAAUGGCACACCCAGCAAAUAGAAGACCAGAGAACUCCAAAAUCGACUGGCAUUUGCCUACCAUUUCAUCCUCUGCAUCAGCUCAUCACAUGAGUAGAGAGCUUUUUGUGCUCACCUACGGUGCUUUGGUCGCCCAGCUGUGUAAGGAUUAUGAAAAGGAUGAAGAUGUAAACAAAUAUUUGGACAGCAUGGGAUACAGCAUCGGCAUCAGAUUGGUUGAGGAUUUCUUGGCUCGCUCUGCUGUGAAGAAAUGCCGCAGUUAUUCCGAAACUGCAGACAUAAUUGCACAGGUUGCUUUUAAGAUGUAUCUGGGUGUCACCCCUACGGUGACUUGCAACAAUGCAAUGGGAAAUGAGUUUUCUCUCAUUCUGGCCAAAAAUCCCUUAGUGGACUUUGUGGAGGAGCUACCCGCAAGUCGAUCAUCUCUUUGCUAUUGCAGCCUGUUGUCUGGGACCAUCCGAGGUGCUCUGGAAAUGAUACACCUAGCAGCUGAAGUGAUUUUCCUACAAGACACACUGAAAGGAGAUGAUGUGACAGAAAUCCAAAUCACAUUCUUGAAGAAGACUGAAACCAAAAAAUGCAAGAGAAAUAAAUGAAACUGUUGUGUGAAAUAAUUAUAGGGUCAACCAAGCCUUUGUGGCUGCCUACAAAGGGUAACCUUCCAAUACACCCAGAACAUGACUAAAAAUAAACAGUUUUUCUAGUCCAGGCCAUGCAUGCCCACAAGCUUGUUGGAGGAACAAGAAAUUAGCAUACAAUCCCCGCAAGGAAAUGUGUAAUGCUCCAAAAUGUAUUUAUUGCCAGGAACUAGAUGGUGAAUAUCCGUAAAAUCUCUGCUCCCUGAAAAAUAUCCUUGCAUGCUGCUUCAUAUUGGAGCUGUGCUACAUCUGUUUCAGUGAGGUAA